AUGUCGAACUUCUACUUGGAAUCUGUCCCUCCUUCCAUCCUCCAUAAGAUUCUCUCAAAGGUAGCAACAAACCACAUCCGGGACUUCGGUAGUGCUAGAAUUGCUUUCUCCGGGUUCAAUCAAAUAGGCAGAGACGACUACUUCUACCAAUCUGCUAAUCUCUUUGGCUUUAAUGAUUGGAUUGAAGAGGUUAAUGCUGUAAGAACAUUCCGACUUAGGUGCUACCAAGCCGGUAAUCCAGAGGCCAUCUACCUACGAGGUAUGCAUGAGUUCUUUCAACUUCAUUUACUUGAUGAAGGAAUAGAGAAAAUCCGUCUUGCUGCUGAGAGAGGAUUGGAGUUGGCCAAGUUUGUAGAUGGAAUGCUGAACUUAGCGUUUAGUGUAGAUGAUGGAGGGUUGUUUCACAAUUAUCCUAACUUUAGUCGUGAGUUUGUUCAUCGGAUGAAUUGCAUGAUCCGGACUGUUCUACCCUCAGGCCAUUGGGGUUACGAGAAACCUCAAGAGUUUAUGUCACUACUUGAAAGAAUAAAGAAUCUCAUCUUCUCAAAUGAUUGCCGCUGCUCCUCCGCAAUAGAAGAACCGGUGUUGUGGUGCGAUCGUUGUUUCUGGCAAUGUGAAGUUUGGGACUUCUGCAAUGAAAUUCACUUGACAGCUGCCAACUGGCCAAUUGAAGAUUAG